UGAUGUUUGAAAGCUUCAGCCGUUACUUUUCUCAAUUUCUCUCACAAAUCCUUCUCAUGCUCAAUUUCGAUGGGAAAAUCCUUCACAAAUUUCUCUCCAUUUGUCUGCAAAUCUCAUGCUCAAUCAGCCGUUACAUGCUUUGAUUUGCAAAUCCUUCUAAAAUCCCCUCUCUCGCCGUCUGCAAAUCUUUCUCAUGAUCUUUCCCUAUCUUCUUGCAAAUCCUUCUCAAAUCCCAUCGUCCGCCGUCUGCAUCAUUAUCACAACAAUUCACUCUCCCUCCGUCUGCAGAUCCUUAUCACAACAAUUGAUAUGCUAAUCUCUAUCCAUACAGACGGGGCCAAUGGCUGCCGCUAAUGGCUGCCCUGCGCCUAGCACCACCGCCGUCAAUGGGUGUCUCGCCGAUUUGCCUCCUCCAUUUUCCCUCCACCGCCGUCAAUGGGUGUCUCGCCGAUCUGAUAAUUACUGUGAAGGUUCUCAAAUCAGAAGGAUCUUGGGAGAGACCAAACCGCCGCUUGCAUGUGCAACUGUUGCUUGGAAAAUGUGCUAUGAUUGAUGCAUGGGGUAUUGAUGGAGAUGUCCUACAAAUUGAAAUGCCUUCUGAAAGCGAAUUGUCAGAUUUAGUGUUGGCUGGUGAAAAGCAAUUGAAGAGUCGUAUAGAAAAUGCUACACGUAUUCCAGAUUUAGAAGUUUCGGGACAGAAGGGAACAGAAUUAUCAUAUGCACCCAUUGAAAUGAAAAGUGGGGAUUGGAUUCUGAAGGUUGUGCCAUGGGUUGGUGGGAGAAUUCUUUCCAUGGAGCACCUCCCCUCAGGUUAUUUCAAACAUUCCAUUGUCAUUUACUUCUUUAUCAUCUAUAGAACUUGUGAGUGUGACAAGAUUGAUUUAAAAAAUUUGGAUUUUUGCCUAAUACUAGAUUCUCUUCAUCCGCUCAUCCACUUUCAAGAUAGGGAAGAGGAAGUAUUAGUGACCUUUUAUAAAGUAUGGUAAAUGGUUUGUUUUAGGGCCCUAAUCCCUAAACCCACCAGUUUGAUUUGAUUUUGGCUGGAUAGAGAAUGAGAUGUUAGAGUUUGUUUUUGUUGAAUGCAGAAAAUAUGGGGUUUAUACAUUGUUGAAUCUCAAGAUGAAUGUGCAAUGGAAUCACAAUUUUGAAGAUAUAUAUAUAAAAGAUGCUACAAGGUUUGCUAUACUGAUUCAUCUUAUACAGUGGCAUUAGUAUACUAAUUGGGUAGAGGGAGGGAACCAUCGUUAUCAAUAUUAGCAAUUUACCUAGAUUUCAUCAAUCCAUGUGAAUUGUGAUGUAUAGUUGUGUAAUGCAGGGUUUGUAAUUUUAGUUUUGAUUACAAUUAUGUAGUUGCAUAUUGUAAUAAAAUUGAACUCAAAUACGUAAAUACGUUAUUUAGAUCGCCAUCAUUAUUAUAUUUAUCUGCAAUUCUAGAGAAAUUUUCUUUU